AUGGACGAGCAACACGAACAUCUGGCCACUCUGGCGCCCAUCAACACUAUCACUCGCAAGUGCCUUGACAAAUUUGAGUUGGUCGAAAAAGUCCAUCACAAAGACCGCCUCGGACACCUGAUCAAGCCAGAGUCUUCAAAAGGACAGCAGCGCUCAUCGUUUUCCUUCCCAGGGCUGCGCAACAAGUUUCUACGUUGGAUCCACAAAUCGGGUGCCCUUUCUCCAUUGGAUUUAUCGCUUGAUGAGAGACUCAAAGGACUCAGGGCUCUCUUCACAAUCGUGAAUGACAUGUUGGAAUGGAUUCUGAGAAACUUGAACCGCCUCGCAAACAUUCCAUGUUCUGAUACCUUGCCUCCCUCGGGGGAGCACGAUGACCACUGGCUGUUGUGGGAAGCGGCUUCGAGGGCAAUAGAGAAUGCUGUGGAUCGCCUGCAGUUUAUGUCUUUUGAAAUGAGGAGAUUAUCCCCUCAGCAGGUUGAGGACUUGCUGACGACGACGACGACCGAAACUGAGGAGCACACCGCUUUCCGUGAUAACAUGAUUGCGUUAGUUGGUUAUCGUUUUCCUGCCGCGCGCAUAGGCUUGUGCGAGCUGUUGGGGAAGUCAAUAGCCGCAAGACGUCACAAGCUGUUGCAAGUGCAAGCUCGUGAAAGAUCUGCCAAUAACAGGAUUUCCAGACAGACGGCCUCUACUCCCAGUCGAGACAAGAACAAUAGUUCGAGAUCGAAGGCGGCUGUCAAUCAAAAAGACCGAUGGACCCAGUCCCCAGGCACUACAUCCUUCACUAGUGUGACAACAGCCUCUCAGUCUGAACCUCGAGCGCCUGCCUUGGAGCGCGUCCAAGGCCCGUCGCAAAAAGCUCUCAGGAGGGUCAUGAGCAAUUUCACCACCCCACAGCAUGACACCUCUGAUUAUCCCCCCAUGCCCAAAGUCAGUCAAGGACAAGGAGCAGUUCAGUGUCCCUUCUGUUUCAUUGUAUGGGAGCAAACAAACUCGGAGUCUGUGAAUCUGGGGCUAUGGAAACUCCACAUUGAUGAGCACAUCAAGCCAUAUUCUUGUCUUUUCCCUAGAUGCGCGGAUGCCCUCACGUUCUUUGUGCACCAAAAAGAGUGGGAAGACCAUAUGGAAUCUGUGCAUUCCAGUGACUGGCUACGAGAGGUCCACACAAAACAAUGGUAUUGCGAUUCCGGCCAUGAAAGCACCUUUACCUUUGAGCUCGAGUCUCAGUGGAGAGAGCAUGUGCUCGAUCCUGCGUCUCACCCAGAACGACCAGAAAUUCCCAAUCAAUUUCAGCUCAAGGCCUUAUUUCAGCUGAAACAACGGAGAGUUCCGCGCGAUAGGCUCGUUUGCCUCUUGUGCGAGCGGAUUCCUGGAGAGGUACAGCAUAAGCUGGAAACAGGUCAUGACGAUCCAGCCGACUUGCACAAAUAUGUUGUGGACCAUGUUGCCAUUCAUUUGAAGUCGCUUUCUCUGUUGGCCAUCCCUUCUCUCGGAGAACCUGCUGAUGAAGCCGUCAAACUUGGUCAAAAUUCGGCUGUUUCCACAAAAGCCCAAAGCGAGAGCCUUCCCAAUCCCGAAUCCCUGGCAGACCUACAGCCCGCUGUUUCUGACACGCCUCCAGGUCAAUUUCCUGGCCAAAAGCAUGAGGCUCUUGCUCUCAACAAACGAGAAGAGUGGGAUGACGAUUUUCUGGGUUACACGCAACCUGACGAACCACCAGAGCCAGACAGGCAUUUCGGGCUUGAUGACAUUCGUCAAUGGGAGUAUGACCAACUUUCUGGAAAGGAUCCAGUUCCGACCCAUUUGAGCUCAAGUGAAACGCAAACGUCUACCACUGAUGUUGACUUUCAAGACGAUGUUGGUCAGACGGCGCUAUCACUCGCCGCACAGCAAGACAAUGUAGAGACCAUGAGGCGACUCAUCAAUAUGGGGGCAGAUCUUGAACUGGCUGAUCGAGACGGGAAGACUCCGCUGUGUUGGGCAGCUGCCGAAGGUAAAGAAAGUGCUGUCAAGUUCCUUCUAGACAAAGGUGCUCGGAUUGAAGCUACAGAGCACAUAUAUGGACGCACGCCGUUGUCUUGGGCUGCUGCGAGAGGCCACGCCGGCGUCGUACGGGUGCUAUGCACGAACGGUGCGCAUGUGAAUGCAAUCGAUGAUUCGAAUCGCACUCCAAUGUCGUGGGCAGCUUCAAGAGGAAACGAAGAAACCCUGCAGCUUCUCAUCGAUGCCGGUGCAGAGUUCAAGUCCAAAGACUCUGAAUUUUCGAGAACUCCACUCCAUUGGGCAGCUACCAGAAACAGACCAAACAACGCAAGUCUUCUUCUACAGCAUGGAGCCGAGAUCGACGCUGUCGACGGGUUAUCUAAAACGCCGUUGUGCUUGGCUUGUCAAGAUGGAUACCCUAAUGUCGUCGAGGUACUCCUCAAUAAUGGCGCAGACAUGGAGACCCCGCAUCCCAAGUAUGCACAAGCUCCUUUGUCUCUGGCGUCUGGGGGUGGAUAUGAAGAUGUGGUGAAGUUGCUGUUGGAGCAUGGGGCCAAGAUCGACGCAACAGAUUCCCACGGCAAGACAGCUCGGGAUUGGGCUAUUGAGGAAAGACGGUAUGAGAUCGUCAAAUUGCUUGAAACUUAUCAGGGGGGACAGAUGUCUUUGCCUUACAGAUAA